AUGAGUGAUUCAGUUAAGAAGUUUAAUGUAUCACCGAAGGAAAUUCAAGCGUAUAAACUUGCUGGUGUCGUUUGUUUACGUGGUGUUUUAUCAUCCAUUCAAUGUGAUGAAAUGCUUGAAGCUUCUAUGGAGUUCGUGAAAGCAAAUAAAGGCCGUAUUCGUUAUGGCAAAGACGACAAACGCUUUUUUAGCGCUGCUUUCAUGGCAGACGCAAUUCCUGCGUUUGAAAAAUUUGCUAAAAAUUCACAAUUGCCAAGUAUCGCUGCUCAACUGAUGAACAAUGUAAAUAUGGUGCGAUUCUUCUACGAUCAAUUGUUUAUUAAAGCACCUGGAACACAAACUCGAACUGCAUGGCAUAACGAUUUAUCAUUUUGGCCAUUUCGUGGCAAUGACUUAAUAUCGAUAUGGUGUGCGCUGACACCAGUUACACGAGAGUCCAGCGGUGUCGUAUAUGUACCCGGAACUCAUUUGAAUAGAACUCUCUACCAAGCAGUAACAGCAGAUGAGGAUGAAAAAUUUAUAGAUCCCAGUCGCGUAGCAUGUCCAGACUUUAGCCAAGAUCCAAACCUUUUAUCAUGGGAAAUGAAACCGGGCGAUGUUCUCUGUCAUCAUCCACUAACUAUUCAUGGGUCGGGUCCGAAUCAUUCGUUGACCGAUCAACGUGUAGGCUUAUCAUUACGUUAUCUUGGAGAAGAUGUAAGCUGGUAUCCAUCGAAAUAUGUAAUGCAGAUUCCUCGAGAUGUACAACGUCUAUCUGUUGGAAAGUAUCCAGAUGAUGACAGAGUGUUUCCACCUAUUUAUAUUGUCUAG